AUGGGGAAGCCCACAGAAAAGCCCGCUGAUGGGGGAAGGAGCAACCGCCACCCCGCCCACGUGAGAAGAGAUCCCAGCAGCCAAAUGCGGAUGCGAAUAUUUACUCAACCUUCCUUUGAACGCAAAGGACCGCUACGAAGCAGGAAACCCUUUUCCUGUCACGUUUACAUCCCAUUCAUUCUUCCUCCGGCCAAUUUAAGUCCAUUCACAGCCGCCACAGAUGCACGUGUGCGCGCGCGCAGCUGCACCUUUAAAGAAACUCUCAAGUCCUGGCAGCCAGAAAACCAGCUUUCGGGCGGGGCGGCGGGGCUCCCCCUCCCCUUGCCUCCUCUCUGAAGAUCCUUGUGCUCUAGGGAGGGAUGGCCGCACACUCUGACGAGGACGAAGGUGGUGCAUAACGCGGAGGUCAGUUUUGCACAGUCCGGGCAAAAGAGACCCCCACCAGCAUCCCCGCCUGUUCAGUUUCCCUCUCUGGCCCAGCGCGAAGGGCGAGGGGCGACAGAAGCCCGAGGAACAGAAAACCGAGUCCCCUCAGUGGCCGAGUUGGGAGAGGGUGUGAGUCCGGGAGAGCCCGAGGGCCGCAGGGAGAGGGCGCAGAAGGUCGAGCGCACAGAGCCAGAGGCCCCCUCUUCUCCCGCCGCGCGGAGCUGGAGGUGCAGACGCCAGUGUGGUUCUGUUUAUCCUCCUCGCCCUGGGGCUGGGUCCCUGGCGAAGCCUCCUUUUCACCCACCCACCCCCAAGCCAGAGCUCACCAGUGAUGUAAUGCGGGACCCGCGCGGGGAGGGGAAGCGGCAGCCUGAACGGCCUGGCAGCGGCGGUUCCUUCUCUUCGUGA